AUGGAGCACCUCUUGGACAUCACGGGCCUGCGGCUAAUGCUUUUCACUGGCUGCUUGAUUUCAGGAGUGUUUGGAAUCACGUGGCUCUUAGACUUCGUCCAAUUGCGUUGCCUGCAGCACACGCCCUGGACGGAGGAGGGCGUGGGAAAGUAUUCCUGCCUCGUCAAGGGAGUUGGAGGCAUCAUGCUGCUGAUGAUGUUCCGCCACUCGGCAGUGGCUCUGGCCUACUAUGACGAGGAUGGCGAUCGACUGCAGCGCCGCAAGGAGCGGUACCUGGACGAGAUGACUAAGCAAGUUGGAGACGUGCUGACUCGAGCGACGAACCAGGCGCAGAAGUUGUGUGGCAUGGUGUCGGCUCAACUCGACGAGAAGGUGGGUGAGCACGUGCGACGAAUGCAGCGGAUUCUGGCACAGUGUGAGAAGUCCUCGAGCCCAGAGGCCCAGGCUGUAUACGCCAAGCUGGUGGAACUCAUGGCCAUACAUUUGCAUCAUCUGCGGAAGCCUGCCAUCGACCACUUCCAAAAGCUUGUCUCUCUCUCCGGGAAGGCGCUCUUCCUGGAAGAGACCUUGAGACAGCAAAAGCACACGAGCAUGGUUCAGCUCCUGACGGUACAUAGCCGGCGGGGCGGCAGGAUCGACUUGCCUCGAACUGAAACUGCUCACGACCACGACGACCCGGAGAUGGCACUCCUCCUCUCGGGUGUGCAGCUGGUUCAGGGCGCCGGGCGUUGCUGCACUUGCUGCUACGAGCGGAAGAGCCGCAAGUCCAACUCCGAAGUCACUCGCACGACGAGCCUGGACCGAAAUUUUUCGGUGCCCUCUUACGAUGAUCUCGUCACUGAACUGCGUGAGCCGACGAUGGACGAGUACAAAAACAAUCCGGAGGCAGUCGUUCUUAAACCCGUGCAGUUGGUCCUCAAGUGGUUUGAGAAGAUCGAGCCGCUCCAGAGCAAACGAGAUCCGCGCGCGGAGUUGCUGCGCGGCGUGCCGCCUGGCGGAGUCAACCCGGCCUCCCCCAUCGGCCGAGUCAAGGGAGUGUACGUGCACCUGAGGGACUCACCAUUGUACAGGAGCCUCCUCGUGGGCAUCUUCUUCAGUGUACUCCUUUUCAUUUUCCACUUUCACUUAGCAGGCAUAGUGCUCCAUCUCAUGCGAAAUGGCCAGCACUGUGCCGCAAUGAAUAUGCUAUCUUGCGGGAUGGAGCUGGUGAGAGUGGUCGCGGUAAUGCUCGGGAUGAUUUGCUACGCAGCUUCGCUCGUCGUAGUUCUUUGGAAUAUUGACAGACUGGAUGCUGUGCUGCAAGUCAGCGAGGAGCUCCAUGAACUCUCUGACUUCAAGCAUCAGAUCGACACUUUGAAUGCGAACGAUUUGGCCGACGAAGACUCGGACAUAUCGAUGCUUCAGGUCGUGGAGCGAAGCCUCUCCACUCAGAAGCGAAUUGUGGCCGAGUUCUACAACAAUGCUUGGGGCGAUCAUCUUGACGACAUCACUAUGUUCAAGAACUUGAUAAGAGAGCUCCAGGACGCUUUGGACAACGAGCAGCCGCGCAAAGUGAAGCCUCGCUCGAGCAACCAGGGCGACUACACAGCUGUGCCCAGUGAGCAGCCGCAGGCAGUGACGCCUACGCAGACUGGUCUGAGCUGA